AUGUUAGAUGGAUGGACGGAUAGGAGAGGGCACCAUUUGAUCAACUUCCUAGUCAAUAGUCUGGAGGGGACUUUCUUCUUAGUGUCGAUUGAUGCAUCAAGUGAAGUUCAUGAUCAAGUGAUGCUAGCUGAUUUGUUAGAGAAAAGAAUAAGCGACAUUAGUGUUGAUAAAGUUGUGCAAGUUGUCACUGACAAUGGGGCUAACUAUAAGGCAGCAGGCAAGCUUCUCAUGGACAGGUUUCCUACGCUUUAUUGGACACCUUGUGCUGCACAUUGCUUGGAUCUUAUGUUGGAAGAUGUUGGAAAGUUGAAGGCAUUCAAUAAGCCUAUCUCACGUGCCAGGCAUGUCACUACUUUCAUCUAUAGGCAUGGAAGACUUCUUAGUGCAAUGAGGGAGAAGACAGGUGGUAAGGAUCUUGUGAGACCAGCAGCAACUCAGUUUGCUACUACAUUUCUCACCUUGCAAAGUUUGCACAAGCACAGAGAUGCACUGAGAUAUCUAUUUACCUCUGAUGAUUGGACGAGUUGCAAACUAGCAAAGACAGAGGCCGGAAAAAAAGUGUAUGAUAUUGUGCUUUCUAGGGAGUUUUGGAACUCCGUUGAGGAUUGCCUUAGAGCUUCUCUACCACUUAUCAUUGUGUUGAGGGUGGUUGAUAGUGAUGAGAGGCCUGCCAUGCCAGAAGUUGCUUCUCUCAUGAAUUAUGCAAAAGAGAGGAUAAAGGCUGCCUUCUGUACUGAAAACAAGAGAAGCUUGCUCAAUAAUAUCUUACAAAUUAUUGAGGGUCGUUGGGAUAGGCAAAUGGACACCCCACUCUAUGGUGCUGCCCUCUUUUUGAACCCAGGAAAAUUCUAUGCCAUCCAAAAAGAGAAUGAUGAAUAUGUUGGGCACCUAAGGGGUUGUUUCAAUGAUGUGCUUGCACGAAUGGUGCAAGAUGAGACCCUUCGAAACAAAAUUGAAGAACAAUCCAUGCUCUAUGAAGAUCAACGUGGAGGCAUCUUCAAGAAUUGUAUAGCCCUCCAAACUAUGAAGUCGAAGAACCCUCUUGAUUGGUGGCGUGCGUAUGGUGGCCAAUCUAUUGACUUACAAAGAUUUGCUAAGCGUAUUGUUAGUCUUUGUGCUUCAUCAUCUGGUUGUGAGCGUAAUUGGAGCAUUUUUGAAUUUGUAAGUGAAGUACUCAAGUUUCACAUUUCAAUUAGCAAAAUUAAUAAUACAUUUUUGUUAACUUUACUUGCUUUUAUGGUUGCUUGUAGAUUCAUACAAAGAAGAGAAACCGGCUAGAGCAUAAAAGAUUGAAUGAUUUGGUUUAUGUUGCCUACAAUCGGAAAAUGACUAGUAGGUUCUAAAAACGCCGUGAGGAAGCGGGUAAAAGCUAUGAUCCUUUGGUUAUGGAAGACUUCGAUUGGGAAAAUGAAUGGAUUGACCCAACAGCUCAACCUCAAUGUUCUAGUGCUUUGGACAUCACAUGGGACCAAGUUGAUGAAGCAAUUGGUGCAUCACAUGAGCUUCGAGGUCGUAACCUUCCUAGGACCUACGCUCAUCGUGCAAGACAUAUAUCAAGAGUGGUUGAAGAAGCAAGAGUGGUUGAAGAUGAUGAGGAGAAGGGAGAGGAAGAAGAUAUCAUUGUGGAUGAUGUUGAUGUUGAUGAUUUUGGUGACAAACCAAUAGAUGCUACUGAAGAUGAUGCGGAGAACAUGGAUACUUCAAACGAUUUCGAUGAGUUUGCAUUGGAUGAUUUUUGAGAGAUGAGAGACUUGA